GCUCCUUGAUCCCCAGGAACAUGGGGUAUUUGACAUCAAAAGUUGACAAUUGUUGUGAUUCCAAAAAACGAAACUACCUACUGGUGCUCUGUGUCAAAAAUGCCAGAAGACCUACGUACCCAGACAGGAUACAUCACUAAGUUUGGACCGCUAGUUACACAAGGCAACGAGGCUCACGUCCACCAUCUUGUGGUGUACAUGUGCUCUGGUCUCAAUGACUCUCACGUUGGAAACGGACACGACUGUGAGAACGGCAACGUUGCGGUUCAGGUCCAGCAGUGUCGAGGAGGGACCUACCUCGCUGCAUGGGCAGUCGGAGGAGAGGAGUUUGUGUAUCCUGACAAUGUGGCCUAUCCAUUUGGAGGUGAAGGAUACAUCAUGAUUGAGUUACACUAUGACAACCCUCAUGAAAUCGAAGGUACUCCAGACAGUUCUGGCUUGAGACUAUGGUACACUAAGACUCCAAGAGAACAUGAUGCUGGAUUACUCACAGUCGGACACUUUGUUCAUCCGUACCAUGUGAUUCCUCCAAAUUCCCAGAACUUCAUAUCCACAGGUCUCUUGACUGAACAAUGCUCAAAGGAUUUUAUACCUGAGGGUGGCAUUCAUGUGUUUGCAAAUUUCUUUCACACACAUGUUGCUGGUCAUGGACUGAGUCUCCAGCACAUCCGCUACAACUCUGAGUGUGGCGUGUACGAGGAACUGGAGCCAAUUGAUGAGAACUUGAAGUAUGAUUUCGACUACCAACAGUUUACUCACCUGAGGCAUGAAGUACUGGUCAAACGUGGCGAUAUUGUUCAGGUUAAAUGCUUUUACAGGACUGCAGGAAAUGAUAAAGUCACAUUUGGAGGACUUGGUACACGAGAGGAGAUGUGUAUUUCGUCCUUCGUGUACUACCCUCGAAUUGACCUCGGGUUUUCCGUGUCGCAAAUCACUGAAUCAGAUUAUCAUGACUUUCUCAGAACAACUCGGCCAGGCCAGCAGAUACUGAGUGGAGAGGUGGAAUAUGUGGACGGCAUGAAUGCCAUUGACUGGGAUGACAAUCUGAAGACCACUUUCCAGAAAAUGCUCGAUAAUGCUACUCAAAACGUACUCUGUGGUGUAGACUUUGAAAACUAUGUUUUCCAGACAACAAAGCUACCAAAAGUUGGAUGUUCGUACAUGGCUCCAGACCAAUGCUCAGAGUUCACUCCUCCCACGUGCUGUGAGAGGAUUGGAGCAGUUGAAGAUGGUGGGAUGGUCCUGAGGGCCUCGGUGGCUCUCUUGGCUCUCUCCCUCCUGACUGCCUUCACCGGAUAAUAACAUUAGCUAUUACUUGACUCUAAAGCUGAAGACUCUCUGUAGCUAAUAUUGGCAGUAGGUUAGUGCUAUGAAAAUUUUAC